CUGGGCCGUCCGCAUCUUGUAAACAGUAUCUUUAACAGUACUUUACUGCGGAGAAACGGCAGAGUCAACUAAACAAGGAAAUGUCUGAUAAGUCUUAUAUUGAGAAGUUAGAAGAAGAAAACAAAUAUUUAAAAAGUUUAUUACAGAAAAAGUGCUUUGUAUAUGAAGGAAAAGAAUUUUUGUUAAUAUCUGAAUUUGAAAGCAAAAAGCAGAAUAAAAUUGAAAUUGAAGAUGAUAUUGCUGCUUUAGAUGUACAAGAACAGUUUGCUAGAUAUUUUGAAGAUGUUGAGAUCAAACUUUCAGGGGUAGAAAAGUUAAAAUUGUUUCAAAUAUACUGCAACUUAUUUCAGAUAUCAUUUGAUUUUUGCCGUAAUGCUUUUCUUGAAAAACUCAAGGCACUACUAUUUGCUUUGACUGAAUUGACUGAUGAAGAGAAGAAAAGAAGUAAAACAGAUAUAAAGAGAAAGAAAAAUUUAGCAGAUGUCAGUAAAGCUUAUCAAUUUCUUGUGAGACAUUCUUCAGCAGAGCUGAGAAGUAUUGAUUACUCUGUAAUUGAAAAAGUCAAAAGCUUUUUCUCUGUUAGACAUGAUAAAGAUGUUAUACCGGAAAUUGAUGAUGCGAUUGUUGAAGCAGUUAAACUCAGUUGGAAGAUGCAAAUGCUACCUACACCAAUGUUUGUCUGUCAACCUGAAGUUUUUAAUGAACAUUGGCACGAGACCCACUAUGACUCAUGGGAUGAUGAUAGCACUAACGACUUAGUGUACUAUAGACCAGUACUGAUGAACAGUGUUGGAGGAUCAAUUGCUUACAAAGGUCUAGUUGGUAAUGAUGGUCUAGGCACAAAUAUUCUGACAAAGGAAAUGAAUUAUAGCAACAGUAAGGAAGAAAAAUUUGCCAAAAAAAUCAAAUAUUAUUAUUUAUCAAGGAUCCUGUAAUCAGCAGGAUAUACGGUUAUGUCUUACACAAGGCUUUAUACAAAAGAAAACUAUUUUUUGUGCCCGUUGUGGCAACAUUCUGUUGAAAAAUCAAGCCUGCAUUGGAAAAGAUAUUAAGUUUUUACACGAAGAAUGUUUUGUUACUAUUAUCAAGAAAGGAUCUGUAAAGGACUUUUGAUGAGAGUACUCUUUUUUGUUAUUAAUUAUUUUUACUAUUACAAUAUGGCCUAGUGGCAUAAUUUACAUUUAAGAUUUCAGUGAAUUUUUUAGCAGA